AUGGCGAGACCGACAGCCUCCUUUCUGCUCGCUGAGACUGCGGACGAAUUUAUUGAGCUCGAAAGUGCGCGGCGAUGGAAUCAAGCACGUCGAAAACGUUGGUCAGCAGAAUUUCGCGUUGUAGCUCACAAAUCGCAUCUUGAAGAGAAAGUUGCUCAAGCUCGACGACAUAAGUUUUUGCUUCGUAGUGACAACAAAGCUUCGAUAUUGGAUAUCAUCGACAUAGUGAGAGAUCUUGCGAAUGAAGGGGUACACAAAGACAUUAAAAGUGAAGGUUUGCAAUGUAGCUGGAAUUCAGUAGAGCGAGAUCGAAUGAAAGCAUGGGCUUCGGACGUUGAGAAGUUGCUUUGUGAAUUUAAACCAAGUGUAAAUCAUCUUAAUGAUCCACUGUUACAAAUUGUUGAGUUUCUCCAAUUUCUUCUAGACGGCGAUGUAUGUCUUGCUGAAGCGAAAAUGUACGCUGGGGCACUCCUUGAACGAUGGGAUCGUGCGGGUGUAUUCAGUGUAGACUCUAUCAGCGAUGGCGAUAACAAAGAUAAUAAUGUCACAAACGAAUACCACGAUCCCAAAUGCGAAAUUUCGAAUCCAAAUCGAGCAAAAGACAGCCUUUUGAAUCUGGCACGACCAGAUGCUUAUCAAAGCGUUCGACAACGUGUUGCAGCACGUAUAAUUAAGCGUCAUGUAAUUACUUGGAAGCGAUCAAAAGAUUUCUUAAGCAAGCGCGUGACCGAGAUCGAAAUUGCUGAAAACAGGACAGAACAACUUUUUCAAAGUCCUCGGCUAAAAAAUGCAGCUUUUGUGAACAGCAACAUUAAAGGGAUUAAACAUGAUCUUGCACUGACACAACGCAAUCCUAAGCCGAGAUGUAGCGAUUACAUCAUUUUCAACGACUUACGACAAUAUUCCAAGUACAUGGCUCUCUUUCCUAUUGAUCAGGCUCUGCGUUCUGUAGAGGAUGUCAGUCGACGUCGCUACCUUUUUCUCACGCGCUGUGCAAUUAAAAUACAAACUUUGUGGCGUCAGGUUCGUGAAGCCGUGCAAACGCGUCGACUUCAUCGUGCAUUCGAAGAUCUACUCUUGCAACAGAAUAAAGAAGAUCAAGCCAGGCGUAAAGCAAUGAAGGAAGCGAAACGAAAAAAGUCAAUUGAUGCAGGAAAACCGAAGAUAAGAAAAGUGUUCAGAAGGUCAAGCACUGCAAAAUCCUCCAUGAUCUUGCAAACAAGCUCAAAGUUGACCUAUACAUCCAAAGAUAAGAUUCUUAAUGAAAGAACGACGACACAAUCGACUCGUGCACCAUCAUCAAUUCUUAAUGCGAUGCCAAAACUUAUUUCUCCUUCCGACCCACCUAAUACUCGCGGCAGCACAAUUUCGGCGCCUUCAUCAACUUCACAAAACAACCAGCAAUAUUCUGCCAUUGGCGGUACGAGCAACAAUGAUAGUGGUGACAUCAAUGCAGACGUUGAGAAUGUGUGGAAGCCCGUCAUAGAAAAUGAUGCGGCGGACUUAAUCUUACCAACUGCUCUGAACGACACUAAUAUCCUUCCUCCGCUUGAUAAUAUUCCAGCUAGUGCCUUUACAGUAUCAAAUAUAAUGUCAACGAAGAACACGUGGGAAUCUUGGUCAGAUGACGAAGUAGAAGCGAUUUCAACUGAAGAUCUGCCCGCCAUUGAAAAAAUCGAACCGGAGACAAUCCUUAAUAUCGAGGCGAAGGACAAUAUUGCGAAAAUUGAGACAGAGGCUAAUACUGAAAAAUCCAAGACGGAGGCCAUUUCCGAAAAUGUCGACACAGAGAUUAUCAAUGAAAAUGUCGAGACAGAUAAUCAGCUUGCUUGUAUAUCAAUUCUUUCGCAGCCGACAAGUCCAGUGCUGCCUUCUAUUUCCCAGAUGAAGGUGGUUGUUACCAUCAAAACGAGCAAUGAGCCUGAAGCUGCAGGUCGCCAAUCACUUGACACUGAAUUUACGACGUCGAAAAGCAAUCAGAAUCGACCUCAAACGAAAAUGAGUAAUACACCACCUUCAUCGCUUUCGUCAGAAUCCACAGUCAAGAAUCACAUUGGCCCAUUCUUUGGAGCUGCGAUGGCGCCUUUUGUUGAUACCGAAAUAAGCAAAAAGUCGCAGGUUAGUAUUUCUACAAGGCCAAAACACUUGUAUGAGCUCGACUUCAACAAAAAUGAUAGGAUGGAUGCUUCAUUUGUUCACGUCACAGAUGCUCGCGGACUGUUACACGAAUUUAAAGAGCAGCUCGAACAAUAUGAUCGAUCACCGGCUGAAGUGAUUCCGAUUGUUACAGCUGAAGUGAAAAGUAGACAAACAACGUUUGCCAGACUUCGAAGUAACAUUGAUUCGAAAGAACAAGGCAUCAACAAUCACGAACGCGGACAUUUGUAUGAUCAUCGCUUAAAAUCAAGUCAGAGUUCUCAUUCGAAUAGCAAACCAAUUCAGCUGGAGUACAAAGACUCUAGCUUUCAACGGGAGACUAUCAUUCGUGAAGGUCUAAUGGAAUCCUCAUCAAUGCCCGUGCAACCAGAAAAGAAAUUAAAAAAUGCAAUUGGACUUAGCGACUUAGAAUCAAAGGGAAGACCCAGCUCUCAAUUUACAGCGCUUUUACAAUCCUCCGAACUGCCCUAUCCUCCUGUCGAUCGCUAUCCUGUUGAUGAUUCGGAAAGAUAUUAUGAGAAUACAUUGCUGCGGCGUCGGUCAUCAACCACAACUUAUCAACAAGAGAUCGAAGAAACAAACACUUUGCCAAAAAAUCACAAAGAUAUUGGCAUCAUAAAAACUUCGGAACCAAAUGGACAAUUGUGGAAACGCAGCCGAAAGCUGCCAGAUAUUGCAUUGGCCCAAAUUCGCGAUCGUGCAAUCCAUCACCAAGGAAAGUCAAAUUUAACUGGACGAACUUCUAUUCGACUGGUCCGGAGAACCAUCGCACCCAGAUCAUCUGAAGCUCAACCGGAGACAAUAUUGUUAGUUGGUGGUGAUGUCAAAGAUCACAACGGUGUUGAAAGUUACCGAAAUACUGGCAGAACCGAAGAAUGUGAAUCUUCUGAGGUCGUCAAAGGCAACAUUGAAAACUACGAAGGUGUCGACAGCAAACAAUACAUGGAUAAAGGUGCCAUAAUCGAGAAGUUCGAGCGUCUGAAUCUGCUAAGUCGCGAGCGUGAGCUCAGUCAUCAUCGCACACAGCUCACUCAGCUUCAAAGCGACAAAAAUGUAGCUUUAGAGCAAAAUCAGCGACGCACAAUUGCUGCUGGUCAAGAGCUUAAGCAUAAACAGCAGCAUAUUCGACGGGAACGCGAGAAGAGCAAUGUGAAAAGUAUGAGCGAGGCAAGCAAAUUCAAAUUCUCUGAACUAGUUAGUUCGUCUGGAUGGCAAAUCGACAAAACCGACAAGGGCAUGAAGAACUCGACACCUCGACGACUGCGUGUGAAGACACGAGAAGUUAAAGCAAUUUCAUCUCAAAUGCUUUUCGAUGAAGACAGUGAGAAAGUCGAAAAUAGUGCGAAGGAAGAGGCAAAGAUUGAGUGCAACACAAAGCAGCAAGAGCGUGACGCUGCAUUCGUAGAACUUUUAACGCAGUAUCUUGGAUUAUUGCAAUGUGCACCAGAAGAAUUACAACCUGCACCACCAGGUCCUUCCAAUAUGGAUGCGUCCGGUUCGGUCGCUCCUGAUGACGAGAUACUUACACUUACAUUGCAUGAUGUCGAGGAAUCCGAACGGCGUCUACCACCUAAGCCACGUGCUACUGUUGAAUCCUCUUUUGAGAAUUUUACUCACGAGAAUGCAGAAUCGAGUGAACAUCUGUCCAUGCCACUAACACUUCCUCCUUCACCUACACUGCUCCCACUGGGUUCUUCACCGUCUUCCACUGUUUCUCAUCAUCGUCAACACCAACUAAGUGUACAUCAGUAUUUUCAAUCUGUAAACGGGAGCGCAGGAGACUUUAACACCGAGAUGCAGAAUUCUAACGAAGAAUAUCGCCGCUUAACUGACGCAAUUCAAUUAAGCGUACCGUCCAUGACCGGUUCUGGAACCGGUACAAAUGAACGCUUAAUUGGACAGACAAAUGACCAAGACAUUCCAUCCACUUCGACUCCUUUACGCAAGAACAAAAAGAGGAAACAGGGUGCGAACGUCAGUAUUGACUUGCAGACCAAGAUUCGCCUUAUUGAGGUAGCUGAACAGUAUCAGUAUGAUCCCAAAAGCUCCAGUCGAAGUAAACCAGACGGCGGUUUACCGAGUCAAUGUAGGGAGGUUGUGAAUGGUAUUCGAUUGGCUGAACAGUUUGGACUUAACAAAAGCACUGUGAGCCGCAUACUUAAACGCAAAGAGGAGUUUAAAAAAGCGUAUUACAAGGACAAUGUCUCUGGCUGCUCCAAGCAUAUUAACAAAAAGUCUAAAUUUGAAAAGCUUAAUCGACUCGUUGAAAAUUGGUUUGACAUGAAUCGAGAGAAAAAUGGCACAAUAACGGACACGUUAAUUCGUGAAGUUGGUAAGAGAUAUGCACAGGAACUUGGUAUUGAAGAUUUUCGAGGGUCCAAUGGUUGGGUGCGCAGCUUACGCAAUCGAAAGCAACAUGCUGCACGCAAUAUUGUGUCGAUUGAAGAGCUAGAAAAUGAAAAGAGGAAAAAAGAGAAUGAGGCUAUUGCACGUAUGCGAAGUAUGUUUCCAAAUGGUGUAAAAGACAUAGCUGGAUUUUUCAAGGACUUGUCGACAUUUUUAGAAAAAGACGGUGGUGGAAUGAACGACUUUGGUGAUGUGAACAGCAACCCUUGCAGUAGUUCUAAUGGUAGCGCAAGAGAUGCGGCUGUUAUGCUGACCGGCGCGUCUUAUACGGAUAUGGACGACAGUACACCCCACGAGGAUGACGAACGAGUCGCUGGAGAGUCUUUAAAAAAGAAGAUGAUCGACUCACUACGCGUUUGGUCACAAGAGCUUAUGGCGUCUGAGCUUGCUAAGCUUAAGAAACGUAUGAAACCACGGCAAGCGGCUAUUUUGUAG